UCACAUGACACCAGAGUGAAACACUAGCGCCUCCUUAUUUUCAUAGUUACAAGUGAGCGCUUUAAGCUAGCCGGAGUUAGAAUGUAGAAUCAAAUCCAACUUUUCCUCUCACUGUCCAGUGAUAUGACAGAUUAACUCAGCAUGUCAGUGAAAAACUCCAAGUCGUUUAAGUUCACCUUCCAGUCAUCUGUGCACAGUUCCCACGUUCUGCAAUGUCUGAAUGAGCAGCGGAAGAAAGAUCUUCUGUGUGAUGUGACUGUUGUUGUAGAGACCCAGAGUUAUCGGGCCCACCGGGCAGUUCUGGCAUCCUGCAGUGAUUAUUUCAGCUCUCGUUUGUCCAGUCAUACACCUGAAGGAAUUAUCGUCAACCUUCCUGAUGAGGUUACCUCAGAGGGAUUCGAACCCUUGCUGGACUUUGCCUACACCUCAAAACUCAUCUUUACUAAAGAGAAUGUGCUGGAAAUCCGUAACUGUGCCUCUGUUCUUGGUUUCAAGGACUUGGACAAAGCCUGCUUCGACUUCCUUCUCCCCAAGUUCUUUGAGAGCAGCAGAAGUGCAUCAAAAGUCCAGAGGAAGUGCUGCAAAACCAAAUGCUGCAAAUCACGAAGGGCUGAAUUGAGCUCGAUUGACGGGGAUGAUGUUAUUGAUGAAGACACAUCAUUACUUCAGCCCUCGCAGCUUCAGCUUGAAGUCAAAGAGCCAUCUUGUCCUCCUUCGGUGGCCAUUGACGAUGUCGGAAAAAGCUGUCACAGCCAGGAAGACACAGAUUACUCUCUCCUGUGCCCAAAGUACCGGAAGUUUCAAAUAGCUUGCGGGAAGGAGCGAUCCUGUCUGGAUGUUUGCGACUCGAAACCCAUGUCCCUUGACAAGUCAGAAGACGAUUGUCCUUUAAACUGCCUACCUAGCUCAAGCAAUGAAGACGGCAAGGAGAUCUUCUCAUGUGAUAAGACACCUCUCAUUAGCGAUUCUUUCUCAGAUUCUCUUCUGCCUGAAUGUUGUCCUCUGAAUCCUGGACCUUGCACAGGACAGCCAUCAUUUCCAAUCUGUAAUGAGUCGGCACGAUCCAUUUGUGAAAAAUGGGGAACGCCCCCUCGCUCAGGCCUGGAGGAUGUUGUGAGGCCAUGUGAGCUCAAAGCUGACCGAUGCUGUGAACAGAGGAGCACGGAGGAAAUCGAGGUGGCUAAACAACUCACGUUCUGGCCGGAUUCUUGCCAGGCGUCUCCCUCUGGCCUGGGCUUGGUGGCGAAAGCCUUGAAUCUCAACUGUCUGAAAAGCUGCCAUCCGGAUCCCAGAGCAGUGGAGUGUCCGUUCCUGCAGAACUUUGGCGCAGUGGGAGCUCAUCUGCACGAUGGAGAGGGGGGGCCAACGUCACAGGGCAGUCCAUACAUGCCCUCCAACCAGUCAGGGGAGGACUCUGACAGCUUUGACACAGAGGGGGACAGUGAGUCUUACAGCAGUGAACGAGUGUGUGAGAUGGCGCUGCCGCUGUCUGUGGAUCAGAUCGUGUCUCUGAGCAGGAAUGACUUCCAGCAGAUGCUGAAGCAGCAGUGCUUGACACGGGAGCAGCUCGAUGUUGUGCAUGACAUCCGCAGACGGAGCAAAAACCGGAUUGCUGCCCGGCGCUGCCGCAAGCGGAAACUUGACUGCAUACACAACCUGGAGUGUGAAAUCGAGAAACUGAGGAGUGAGCGAGAGAAGCUGACAGCUGAAAGGAUCAAGCUGAAUCAGAUGAAGAUGACGGCCUGGCAGAGUUACUCAGGCCUGUAUGAGAGGGUCUGUACUGAAGCCGCCCUCAGACCUGAGCAGCUUCAGGUGCUGGCCAAAUAUUCCUCUCCAGACUGCCCGCUAUCUGCCUUCCUGUGCCCCUCUCUAGACCUUUCUCAGAGUCCCCAGGCUUCAGACCUUUCCACACACACCUGUUGCUCUGGAGCCAAACCACCAGUUACUUCCUCAGUGGAGAAUUCUGUUGCACAGUCAAGCUCACAGAACCUGUUACCUCUUGGGGUCGCAGAAGCUCAGUCACACACCUGUCUUCCUGACACCUCGCCAUUGGAGUGUAGUUCAAUGGUGAAACUCGCCACUGAUCUGCUCAUCGGCAAUCAUGAAACCGACAGAUUGCAAAAUUAAAUGUGUUGGUUGAAGGAAGGACCAUAGAAAAUCACUGAAGGACUUUAAUUACUCAACUACAGGUGCAUUUAUAAAAACGUGACAUCACUACUGUCCUCGUCCGAUCGUAGGCUGUACAUUACAUUUUAUUUUUUUUACUCUAACUCUUUAAGCAUUAGCAUUAAGUUUGUAUUGGUCAGUGUUCAAUGAAGUAUUCCUUUACCUAAAACGAUCAUUUAUAGACUUAACACACAUGUCCCUGAACAUCCUCAUGCUCUUAUGGAAUCAACCUCAAUUCACAGUAUCAUUUUUGGACUCACAACACCACAAACCUCAUCUCGCAGCUCAAUAAUAACCUUUUUUCUUCUCAGGGGACAUAAAGCUAUUAGACUACACGGUGCUGUAAUCUGUUUUGGCUGAAACUGUGACACUCAAAAUGUCUCAAAACUUUAGAAGAGACCAUUAAAUCUGGGAAUUAAACUCUCAGGUGUUCAGAACUGCACAUACUGCAGUUUCACUAAUGUUGUUUUUAUGUAAUUAAAAAAAGUGUUUGUUGUUUUCUUUCAUCAUUUAAAUGUAAUGUUAUAACA